UCCAACAUAUGUAGGACUGGCUCAUACGGUUACUGUAUUUGCCAUUACAUGCGGACGCUUUCUAACAUCACUGAUCCAGAUAACCAAAACGAGUGUUAAGUGGUCAGGAUGUACACCGCCGGACUAAAUCCGUUUUAUGCGUCCAAUUUCAGCCUUUGGUCGGCAUAUUGUUCCGGUGGUUUCGCAAUGGAUACCAUGAAAAAACCGUCAUUUUGCAUAGCAGAUAUUUUACAUGUCGGCGACGCGGACGGUCUUCCCGGAUCAUCAGCGCUGAUGGCUCAUGUAGGACCCCGUACUCAGAUCCACUCCUCUGGAUCCCCUUUGCGUCCUUCUCCGGUAGCGCCGGAGGCGGCUAUCUUCGGGGCAAGAGGCAGCCCUGCAUCCCCUUAUCACAGGCAUGGAAUACACUUAACCGCGGUCUCCAGAACGACGCUCAACUCCCAGCAAGCACCGCCACCAUCAAGCAAGGAUCUCAAAUUCGGAAUUGAUCGAAUUUUGUCCACAGACUUUGAUCCAAAAGUAAAAGAAAUGUCGUCAUUACGAGAUCUCACGUCUAUUGUUAGCUCUAACCGACAGUCAGCACUCCAUGUGUCCGUGCAACCUCCGGCGAGCCAGUACUUCGCAUCCCUAGAUCCGGUGAUGAACGACGCGUCGGCCAGGAUGAGUUCAUUAGGCAACGCAGCGAGGCAUUCAGGGCAACAUCAGUUUCAAGACUCCUUCCCAGGGCCAUAUGCUGUUCUUACGAAAGACACCAUGCCACAGACGUACAAGAGAAAAAGAUCUUGGUCCAGAGCUGUGUUUUCCAACCUACAACGAAAAGGUCUUGAAAAACGUUUUGAAAUACAGAAGUAUGUCACCAAACCCGACCGAAAACAGCUUGCUGCGAUGCUAGGCCUCACUGACGCUCAGGUCAAAGUUUGGUUUCAGAACCGAAGAAUGAAAUGGAGACACUCAAAAGAGGCACAGGCACAGAAGGACAAAGAGAAGGAGCAGCCAGACAAGGCGCAGACAGAGAGUGAUCAGAAGGAGCACGAGGAAUCCGACUGCGAAAGCGAACACAGCGAGUCCGACUUUGAGGAAGGACCAGAGGACAAAAGUGACGUCGACAUCACGGAACACAACAAGACCAGUGUGAUCAUCAGCGGGCCUCCGUCCGGGAUGAGUGAAGACACGACACCAAGCAAUGCGCUCACAGAAACACCGGGGUCGGCGCAAAUCUUACUAUGAACACCAGGCUCUUUUAAUACAAGGGCACAAGAACAAGACUGCUAAUUUAACACAAGUGCUGUCGUCUCAAAGUCGAGAUUACACGUGAAUUGUGUCUUACAGUAGCGCCUCCACUGUGUAGGUAUUAAAUAAUAAGAAAUGUCCAAUUUCCCCUCCUUCGACCCCACAAGUAGGACUAUGAAGUACGAUGUCUUUGACUUUUUUUCCUUUAAAAGGAAAAAGAUAUUGCUCUUGUGAAUUAUCCUCUGAACCACUUACUGAACUUUGAAAAUAGUCUAUUUACACAAUGUAAAUGUAUUGCCUUAUACUAUUUGUUCAUUUGAUUUGUAUGAUAUUUUGCCUAUAAUUUGCACUGAAAAUAAUGUAAAUUAAAUGUUUCUUACAUGUAAUUGUUGAAAUCGAAGUCAUUAAAUGUUUCAA